UUCCGUGCGGUGAUGCAGCUCCUGCUGUGGGGUGGCUGGUGUGCGCUCCUCCUCGCCGGCCUAGGGCGGGCACGGGCGCAGCCCACGCGCUACGUCGGCAGGAAGCUGUCUGACGUGGCGGGCCCCUUCCGCACGGUGGUGGAGCGCUUCGAGGCGUGCCCGGCGCGGCACGGCCAGGGGGCUGCACCAGGGUGGCAGCAGCAGCUCGCCGAGGAGGCCGUCGUCGUGAACGUGACCCGCGUGUCCCGCCAGUGGGGGCCGCGCGCGCCGCCCCAACGCCUCUGCGGCAACCUCACCCUGAGCCUGCCGCUGGACGACUCGAGCUCGACGCUGCUGACCAUCGACAAGUGGAGCAACAACGAGUGGAAGCGCAACGCCUUCAUCAUGCGGCUGCCCGCCCUGUGCUCGGCACUGCGUGGCCUCGGACUGCUCGGGACCUCCUGUCCCGCCAGAGAGGGGGUGUAUUCCUUCCGGGACCUCGCCGCCGACUGGCAGUUCGUGUCCAUGCCGCAGUUCUACUACGGCACGUGGAGGGCCGAGGCCGUGUUCAGCCAAGCGGACGGCGCCAGGCAGGGCUGUGUGCGCUUCCUGUUCAAGACCUUCCCAGCCUACCCCGAAAACUGGCCCCCGAACGAGGACGACGCCCCCGAGGAUCAGGAGGACGAGGAGGAGGACGAGGCUGUGCGCCUGGUCGAGAUCGUGAUGUGAUGCGCUCACCC